GUUGUUGUUGUGACGGAUGUUGUUGCCGAGAUACUCGUUGUGCUAGUGGAAGAUGUUGUACUUGUGCUGGAGACAGAGCUGCUUGUGCUGGAAGUGGAAGUGGAAGAUGUUGUACUUGAUGUAAAAGUCUGCGUGGUCGUUGAUGUUGAGGUGCGAUAG